GUGACUCUCUGUCGUAAACAGGAAGCAGCUGAUCUUGACUUCACUGCCUGCUUCUUCACCAAGUAAUGUACACAGCUGUACUCUUCGAACAAAACAAAACAAAACUGUAGUCUGACUCUGAGUUUAAGUUACUGCUUUGACCUGUCGGGCUGAAGGAGAAGAAGAAGAGGAGCUAAAGUCAUCGCAGAAAUACUCCACAUCGUGUCUGCUGAGGGGGGAUGUCAAGCACAGCCAUGAAGAAGAAGGUAUUACUGAUGGGAAAAAGUGGGUCUGGAAAGACCAGUAUGAGAUCAAUCAUCUUUGCCAACUACAUAGCUCGAGACACACGCCGCCUUGGAGCUACAAUUGACGUGGAGCACUCCCAUGUUCGGUUUCUGGGCAAUCUGGUUCUAAACCUGUGGGACUGUGGAGGUCAGGACACAUUCAUGGAGAACUACUUCACCAGCCAGAGGGACAACAUUUUCAGAAAUGUAGAGGUUCUUAUUUAUGUAUUCGACGUCGAGAGCCGGGAGCUAGAGAAAGACAUGCACUACUACCAGUCGUGUCUGGAGGCCAUCCUGCAGAAUUCCCCCGAUGCUAAAGUGUUCUGCCUCGUUCACAAAAUGGAUCUGGUGCAGGAAGACCAGAGAGAUUUGAUCUUUAAGGAGCGUGAAGAAGAUCUGAAGAGACUCUCCAGACCUCUGGCUUGCACGUGCUUCAGGACAUCAAUCUGGGACGAAACCCUGUAUAAGGCCUGGUCUAGCAUAGUGUACCAGCUCAUCCCAAACGUCCAGCAGCUGGAGACAAACCUGAGGAAUUUUGCGCAGAUCAUAGAGGCAGAUGAAGUUCUUCUGUUUGAGCGAGCCACCUUCCUGGUGAUCUCCCAUUAUCAGUGCAAAGAGCAACGUGACGCUCACCGGUUUGAGAAGAUCAGUAACAUUAUCAAACAGUUCAAACUCAGCUGUAGUAAACUCGCGGCCUCUUUCCAAAGCAUGGAAGUGAGAAACUCCAACUUUGCAGCCUUCAUUGACGUCUUCACCUCCAACACAUACGUCAUGGUCAUCAUGUCCGACCCCUCCAUUCCGUCUGCAGCCACUCUCAUCAACAUCCGUAAUGCUAGGAAACACUUUGAGAAGUUGGAGCGGGUGGACGGACCCAAGCACAGCCUGCACAUGCGAAUGCGCUAACCAACCAAGUGCGUUUGUCUCAUCGGAUACUCUUCAGCCAAUCAGUCCACAGACCGCAGACGACCUGUUGCGGUCUUCCAGCUCCGAUACACAUGAGCAGCUCUGCGCUGUUUCCUCUAUAUCUUCACAUUCAAUCACAGUUAUUACGGGAGAAAUCAUAUUUUCUUUUCCUCUACAGUGAUCAUCUUGAGCGGCGAUACGCUCUGUUGAAAUAUUUGCCCUAAGUCGACACAGUAAAGUUAAAAAUGAAUGGGUUCGUUUACUAUGAAGGAAGGGAGGGAGGGAGGGGUGGGCUGUCUUUGCUGUCACUUUGUCUUAUACAGUAGAUUCAUUUACUCCAUGCAGUGAAUCCCAGUGAUCGGGGUUAGCAGCAGAUACUGUUUGAUUUUCAAAUGCAGUUUGUAAGCUGUUACACUUUGAAAGUACGAACAAUAUAGUUAUAUUCAGAAAAA